AUAAAUAAAGCUGCUUCCCACUUCAUCUCCAUCAUCGUCAACAUUCAAUAUUCAACCCUCCUUUUCCCUCUUUAACCUUCCCCUCCUCUCAACUCUCAUCUCUCACCAACAAAAGAAACAACUAGUCAAAGCCACCUGCAAAUUAAUGGCUUCUACUUCCUCCUUAGCUUUCCCUUCUCUGCAGCUACAAUUCCAAACACCACGCAAGUCAUUCCCAUCCACUCGCCGUAUUUUCCUCCGUCCGAUCUGCGCAUCCGUCUCGGAGAAGUCAUCGUCUUCAUCCUCCUCCAUCUCAUCACAACCCGCAGAGCCAACCAAGCUUCCCUUGAGGAAAAUCCCCGGCGACUAUGGCCUUCCCUUCGUGGGUCCCCUCAAGGAUCGCCAGGACUACUUCUACAACCAAGGCCGGGAGGAGUUCUUCAAGUCUCGUAUCCAGAAGCACCAGUCCACCGUGUUCAGAGUCAACAUGCCACCUGGCCCCUUCAUCACCACCAAAUCCCAGGUCGUCGUCUUGCUCGACGGCAAGAGCUUCCCGGUCCUCUUUGACGUUUCCAAGGUCGAAAAGAAAGACCUCUUCACCGGCACCUACAUGCCCUCAUUGGAGCUCACCGGCGGUUACAGAAUUCUCUCCUACCUCGACCCCUCGGAGCCCAAGCACGACAAGCUCAAGCGUGUAAUGUUCUAUCUCCUAAAGUCUGGUAUUAAGUCUGUGAUCCCUGAGUUCCACUCAAGCUACGCCGAGUUUUUUGAAACUCUGGAAACCAAGCUCGCUGAUAAUGGUAAAGCCAGCUUCAACGAGGCCAACGAUCAAGCAGCUUUCAAUUUCUUGGCUCGCUCACUCUACGGUGCUAAUCCGGCCGAUACCCAACUCGGCACCGACGGUCCUAAAUUGGUCCAGAAAUGGGUUCUAUUCCAACUGAGUCCGAUUCUAGUUCUUGGUCUACCAAAGUUCAUUGAAGAUUCUCUGUUUCACACCUUCCCUCUCCCACCGUUUUUGGUCAAGAAAGACUACCAGAGACUCUACGACUUCUUCUACCAGUCAUCCGGCCACGUGCUCGACGAGGCAGAGAGGCUCGGAGUGUCCAGAGACGAAGCGUGUCACAACCUGUUGUUCGCCACGUGUUUCAACUCAUUCGGAGGUAUGAAGCUUUUAUUUCCCAGCAUGCUCAAGUGGAUCGGCCGCGCCGGGGCCAAACUCCACAGCGAACUAGCGCAGGAGAUCCGCUCGGCCGUCAGAUCCAACGGCGGGAAAAUCACCAUGUCCGCCAUGGAGCAAAUGCCGUUGAUGAAGUCUGUGGUGUACGAAGCUUUCCGGAUCGAGCCACCGGUUCCUCUACAGUACGGUAGGGCAAAGACUGACCUAGUCAUCGAGAGCCACGACGCGGCGUUUAAGGUGAAAGAAGGCGAGAUGUUAUUUGGGUUCCAACCUUUUGCGACCAAGGACCCCAAAAUCUUCGAAAAAGCCGCGGAGUUUGUGCCGGACAGGUUUGUCGGUGAAGAAGGGGAGAAGUUGUUACAGCACGUGCUUUGGUCCAACGGUCCGGAGACGGAAACUCCGACGGUCGGGAACAAACAGUGUGCCGGAAAAGACUUCGUCAUGCUGGCGUCAAGGCUGUUGGUGGUGGAGUUUUUUCUCCGAUAUGAUUCGUUCGAGAUUGAAGUUGCUGCUUCGCCUUUGGGAGCUGCCAUUACCAUGACCUCGCUCAAAAGAGCUAGCUUUUGAAAGUUUUUGUUUCGGUAAAAACUGUUUUUAACUAGUAGUAAAUGUAAAUUUUUUGUUCUAAGGGAGGGGUUGUGGGGUAAUGAUUAUCCUAGGGUAUAUAGGGUCGUUUUUGUUGUGGGACUUUUAGCAUACUAAAUCCUGCAUCACAUGUAUCUUUCUAUCCAAAGGUGUGCUAUCCAAUAUGAAAAAUUGAAACUGAGUAUGAAUAUUCAGUGCGCAUGUGGGAAUUCUAAUUGUUUA